UCAUCAUCAUCUUCAUCACCAGUGUCAUCUAAUUCUCUAAGCACUCGUCUAAACCCUAUCGAAUACGAUUAUAUUCUUCUUCAAUAUUUAUAUACAUAAAAAUCGAUGGCGGAGAAGAGAGGAUCAUCAUCACCAUCAUCAUCGUCAUUCGAUGGUGAUCAUGAGAUGAAAGGUGGCAGUGGCAGAAAAGAGUUCAGCUUCGGAAGGAGCGUGAGUAUUGGACGAAACGGGCUGGCGAAGAUCGAAACGGGGAAUAAAACGACGUCGUCGUCCUCAGAGGAGGUCUGUCACGAUGACAGCUCGGCUCCGGUGAAGGCGCAAACACUGGACGAGCUUCAUUCACUUCAGAGGAAGAAGUCGGCGCCCUCCACUCCCAUCAGGUCUUCGGGUUCCCCCAGAUUGUUCCCCAUUUCUGAAGACGAUCUUCAUAAGCAGCAACUCCAAUCCAUUAGUGCGUCAUUGGCGUCAUUGACGAGAGAAACAGGGCCGAAGUUGGUGAAGGGAGACCCCGCCACCGCACGGAAGUCAUCGGAGGCCCAGAAGACACCAACUCACCACCACCAUCACCAUCACCAUUUUAAUUACUCUGCUCCCACCAUUGCUGUCAGUGACAGUUCCCUUAAGUUUACUCAUGUUCUCUAUAACCUCUCCCCUGCUGAACUGUAUGAACAAGCUAUAAAGUCGGAGAAAGGUUCGUUCAUAACGUCAACUGGUGCAUUGGCCACACUGUCCGGGGCAAAGACAGGUCGAGCUCCACGAGACAAGCGUGUUGUUAAGGAUGACACCACUGAGGAUGAGCUGUGGUGGGGAAAGGGCUCUCCUAAUAUUGAAAUGGACGAACAAACCUUUUUAGUCAACAGAGAAAGAGCUGUGGAUUACUUGAAUUCCUUAGAGAAGGUAUUUGUGAACGAUCAAUUUCUGAAUUGGGAUCCAGAAAACCGAAUCAAAGUUCGGAUUGUAUCCGCCAGAGCUUACCACUCCUUAUUUAUGCACAACAUGUGCAUACGACCCACUCCAGAAGAGUUGGAGGACUUUGGGACCCCUGAUUUCACUAUAUACAACGCUGGUCAGUUCCCAUGCAACCGUUACACCCACUACAUGACCUCAUCCACCAGCAUAGACCUCAAUCUUGCUAGGAGAGAAAUGGUCAUUUUGGGCACCCAAUAUGCUGGUGAAAUGAAGAAAGGCCUAUUUGGUGUGAUGCACUAUCUCAUGCCCAAGCGCCAAAUCCUCUCCCUUCAUUCCGGCUGUAACAUGGGCAAAGAUGGUGAUGUUGCCCUCUUCUUUGGAUUAUCAGGCACUGGGAAGACAACCCUUUCCACUGAUCACAAUAGGUAUUUGAUUGGGGAUGAUGAGCAUUGCUGGAGUGACAAUGGUGUGUCGAACAUUGAAGGAGGCUGCUAUGCUAAGUGCAUUGAUUUGUCUAGGGAAAAGGAGCCUGAUAUUUGGAAUGCUAUCAAGUUUGGAACUGUGGUGGAGAAUGUGGUCUUUGAUGAGCAUACUCGAGAAGUAGAUUAUUCAGACAAAUCUGUUACAGAGAACACCAGAGCUGCCUAUCCAAUAGAGUACAUUCCAAACGCCAAAAUACCCUGCGUUGGCCCUCAUCCUAAGAACGUGAUUCUCUUGGCCUGCGACGCGUUCGGAGUUCUCCCCCCUGUGAGCAAGCUGAGCUUGGCCCAAACUAUGUACCAUUUCAUCAGUGGUUACACUGCUCUGGUGGCUGGAACAGAGGAGGGUGUAAAAGAGCCACGAGCAACAUUCUCAGCUUGCUUUGGUGCGGCCUUUAUAAUGUUGCAUCCUACAAAAUAUGCCACAAUGCUAGCUGAAAAGAUGCAAAAACAUGGCGCUACAGGGUGGCUUGUUAACACUGGCUGGUCAGGUGGAAGAUAUGGUUCUGGUAGCCGUAUCAAGUUAGCUUACACAAGGAAAAUCAUUGACGCCAUUCACUCAGGAGCUCUGUUAAAGGCAAACUAUACCAAAACUGAAGUAUUUGGUCUGGAAAUCCCCACUGAGAUUGAGGGUGUCCCAUCACAAAUCCUGGACCCUAUAAACACUUGGUCGGACAAGAAGGCCUACAAGGACAGCCUACUUCAUCUUGGUGGUUUGUUCAAGAACAAUUUUGAGGUGUUCUUGAACUACAAGGUCGGAAAAGACAGUAAUUUGACUGAGGAAAUUGUUGCAGCUGGUCCUAAUUUUUGAUCAGGAAAACAAAAUUGUUUUACAAUUUUUACUUUUAUGGAGAAGAAUAUGGAAUCAAGAACGGCUUCUAUUGUUAUGUUAGAAAAAUAAAAUAAUCAUAUCCAUUUAUAUUCAUUCCUAAGUUUGUGUGUUUUCAUUCUCCACUUUUUGAUAAAGUGAGGCAACUUAUGUAUACAUUCAAUAAUAUAUUAAAAGUUCUUUUUGGUUACA